AUGGGGAAGGCCCAAAGCGUGUUCCGGUCCUUUCUUGAAGUUAAUGCAAUUUUGAGAUCGUACAGGUUGACGGCUUCGGAUACGGCCGCCAUUGAUAACCUUACCGCGCUUCCUCGCCCGCUGGAUUGCAAGCUCGUCCUGUCGCUUGCGAAUUCAGCGUACAAAGAGAGGGGCCUGGAGAGCAUCAUGGGGAAGAACAAGUGGCGAGAGCUAAAGCAUCGCUACAAUGUUGCUGAAAUUGAGGUCCCCGAGCCUCAAGAGGAGGAGAUUUCCCCCCUGAAGGUCAACCAAAAAAGAAAGAGGGGCGAGAAAGAGGUCGGGGGGACCUCUGCCCCUCGUGGAACGGAGGAGGUGACCUCCAAGGCCGCUGAUGCCGAUGCAGUCGACCUUACUGGGAGCCCUCCGCCUGGGGAGGCUCCCCAAAUGGUCGCUGCGGUGACUGCUGAGCGAGUUGCUCCUUCUGCCGAGGCAGGGAUAGCUGCUGAGGUGGAGGCCCCGGUUGCUGAGCAAGUCGCCCAGGCCGCCGUGGCAGGGGACGCUGCCGAGGUCCAGGUGCCUCCGAGGUCGGAGGUGCCAGGCGUGGACCCUCCUAUUGCUGAGCAGGGGAUGCCAGUUUCUGCCUCUGUUGAGGCUCGCGGCAAGGGGCCGAGUCUCGAGGUCUCCACAGCUACGCCUGCACCCUCGGCGGCGCCGUCAGGUUCAUCGCAGGGGGCUUCCUAGAGCCAAUACAUAGCUCACCGCUUCGGGAAGGGCCUCACCCAGGUGCGAUUGGACCACGUGAGUGCCUCGGCAGACAUGAACUCGCUGUGGAGCGCUGGGGUGACUGCCGAGAAGUUCUUCCCCCAAGGUUCGCUGACCUCGGGUGACCAGGGGCUGAUAGACGCUGCCCAGGUCUUUCUACAGAGGACCAUGGCGAUUGUGGCCCACUAGAAGCAUAGGUGGUCCAAACAUGAGGAGGAUCUGGUUAAGCUGAGGAGUCGAGUUCAACCUUUGAGGGACGAGAACAAGGUCUUGAGGGAGGAGAACAGGUCUUUGGCGGCUGCUCUCGGGGAGGCUAAGCUACAGGGCGAGGCCGAGCUCCAGGCCACCCGGAGGAAGUUAGUCAGGGUCCAAAAGUCCUUGGAGAUUGCUUUGAGGUUUAAUGAGACCUAUGCUGCUCAGGUGGGCGAGUUGCGGGAGCAGACCAAUUCUUCCCGGGCUCGGGUGCGCUCCUUGGAGGACGAGGUCACCGCACAGAAGGCGGAGCUGGUGGCGGCGGCCGAGAAGCGCCUUUGCGAUGAGGUGCUCCUUGGUGGCCAAGCAGAGGAGAAUGCCUCUCUGAGGGUGGACCUCGCGAAGCUGGAGGAGGCGAAGGCGGGACUGGAAAGGAAGCUCGAGGAGACCGAGCGCGCUGUUAUUUUUUAGCAUAAGAGGGGAUUUCUGAAGGCAGCUCGCCAGGCGAGGUUUCUCGCCCCGGGGUUUGACUUCUCCUCCAUGCAUGUGGAGAAAGUGGUCCGCUUUGGGAAGCUGGUGGCGGAGGAUGACCUUGAGGACAACUCUAGUGAAAAUGCCUCCGCUUAGGCCACUUUUGUGAUAGCCUAGUUUAUUUUUCCUGUUUGGUUAUUGCUUUUGAAUUUAUGUUUGGAACUCAGCAUACAUUAUUGUGUAU